GUGAAAACACUUCCCUUCUUCGUUUCUGUCUCUAUAAGUCUUUGUGAGCCUCUCUUCAUAGCUUUCUCUGUCCUACAGCCAGUACCUACCUCUGUUGUCUCUGUCUCUGUCCUCUUCCUGUCUCCUCUCUGCACUGUGGCUGGCCCAGCUUCAGCAUGAGUAGCAAACUUUGGACAGAGGAGCAGUUCAACUGCCCUGUGUGCUUGGACCUCCCCAAUGACCCGGUCACCAUCCCCUGUGGCCACAGCUACUGCAUGGCCUGCAUCAAGGACUACUGGAGCAAGGACGACCCCAAAGGCAUCUACAGCUGCCCCCAGUGCCGCCAGACCUUCUGCCCCAAGCCCUCCCUGUCCCGGAACACCAUGCUGGCCGACGCUGUGGAGCAGCUCCGCAAAGGUGCCCGCAUGUCCGACGUGCGAGAGUCUAUCCGGAGCGCCCGCCGUGCCUCCUCAGCCCCAUCAUCCAAGUCCAAGAAGCUGUCCUCCUCGGCCGUGCCUUGCGAUGUGUGCCAGGGUGACCAGCGGGCAGCGGUCAAGAGCUGCCUGGUGUGCAUGUCCUCGUACUGCGAGGCUCACCUGAAGCCCCACCAGACUAAGGCAGCCCUGAAGCAGCACGAGCUCAUACCACCCACCGGCCAGCUGGCUGACAAGAUCUGCACCCAGCACAAGUACCUGCAGGAGUUCUACUGCCGCCAGUGUAAGAUGUUCGUCUGCUGGCUUUGCACCAGCAACCAGCACAAGGGCCACGAGUGCGUCUCCACCAAGGCCGAGCGCAUGGAGAAGCAGAAAGUGCUGUCGGAGAUGCAGGCCGAGAAUCACCAAAGACUGAAAGACAGAGAGCAGGAGCUGAAGGACAUGAAGAAGAUGAUGGAACUGAUGAAGCGCUCUGCAGACAGGGUGCACGGCGACACGGAGCAGGUGCUGCUGGAGCUGCAGCGCUCGGUGGAGCGGCUGCAGGAGCUGCUGGAGGAGCUGCUGGACCAGGCCGGGCAGGAGAAGAUGACCCACGCCCAGGAGGUGACCGACAGCCUGGAGGCCGAGAUCAAGGAGCUGAGGAGGAGGGACACCGAGAUGAAGGACCUGGCCCGCUGCGAGGACCACAUCCACUACCUGCAGACCUGCGAGUCCAUGUGCGGCCCCCUGGAGGCGGGGGAGCUGCCCAGCGUGCUCGUCAACCCAGAGGCCUCCUUUGAACCCGUCCGGGACGCCAUCCUGGACCUCAGGGACCGAGUGGAGGACAUGUGCAACCAGGAGCUGAGCAAGCUCACCAAGCAAGUCAAUGACACAACUCUGUUCACGCUGGGAGACAGCAAAAACCAGAGCGGGCAGAAAGGAGGGAUUUUUAAAUUGUUCUCUGGUCUGGGUUCCCGCCCCACAAACAGCCGCUCUCAGGUCUCCACACCCAGCGUCUCAGUCGGGGGCCGGGGCCCAGAAAGAAGAGGAAUAGGUGUGGGCCUCAGAGGUCUGGAUGUGAGGAGCAGAGACACACCCCGAGACGGAGGGAACACAAGUUCACCCCGAGCUCGGGACAGGCAGAGGAGAGAGGAGAGAGAUUCAGUGAUGGAGACCAACUCCAGGCCCAGCCUAACUCCCAGUCAGAGAGAGUCCCAGUCUCUCUGGAACAGGUCUGAUCAGAGCCGGGCCAGUGUUGCCCCAGCUCCAGCCCCAGCUCCGACCCCCGUCCCAGCUCCAGUCCAGGCCCCAGUCCCAACCCCAACCCCCGCUCCUGCACCAGCAUCAACUGGAGCUUUCAGCAGGAUGGCGUCCAUCAGCAGCCUCUUCCGCUCCCAUCGGCGUAACGCCACCCCUGCGACCCCGGUGGCUCCGGCCAGCAACGCCCCGUCCGGAGGAGGAGGCUUAUCAUGGGGAAUGGCUGCUGUGCCUGAGACACCAACAGAAGUUAACCCCAGUCUCUUCUUGGAUUCGCCCACACCCAACUCCAUGUUCGAUCACGCCCCUGCUUUCCCAGCAUUGAGGGAGAUCAACAUUGACAGCAUCCAGGCUCCAGAGCCAAGGAGCCGGGAGGAGUUCCUUCAAUACACUGUGACCUUGACCCUUGACCCCAACACGGCCCACCGUCGGCUGGCUCUCUCCGAGGGCAACACCAAAGCCACCCUGCAGACGGCGGCGCAGCCCUACCCCGACACCCCGCAGCGCUUCGACAGCUGGACGCAGGUCCUGUGCCAGAGCCCUCUCUACGCCCAGCGCUGCUACUGGGAGGUGGAGUGGCGAGGGCGGGGCUCCUCGAUGGGCGUGGCCUACGGGGCGCUGAACAGGAAGGGGGCGGACGCCAGGGCGGGGCUCGGCUACAACGCCCAGUCGUGGAGCCUGGAGCUGUCGGACACCUGCUGCUCCGCCAUGCACGACAACGAGAAGCGGGACAUCGCCGUCACCUACUCGCCGCGCCUCGGCGUCUUCCUGGACCUGUCGGCGGGCACGCUGGCGUUUUACAGCGUGGCCGAGAGCAUGACGCACCUCCACACCUUCCGCGCCAACUUCACCCAGCCGCUGUAUGCCGCCUUCGGGGUGGGCUGUGGCGUCGGGGUGGGUCUGGACUUUGCCCUCGGCCAGUUCAGCUCAAGCUCCGACAGCAUCAAGAUCUGCUCUGUGUGAGGAGCUGUGGUUGGACGAUGAUGAUGCAUUCACAUCACAUGGGAAUUACUGACUUUGCAGUUGAAAGCAAUGACAUGGAAGUGUUGAUUUUAUUUGAACAUCAUCAGCAUAUAGGGAAUUCAAUUUUCUUUCUUUCUUUGGAUAGUCCCCUGUAGAUGUUCAACGGAUUGUCAAUUGAUUUGUGAAAUAUCUACGAGAGCCAUGAAUUACAUUUCAACGACGUGUCUCUAAAGAUCAAGUCAGCUAGGUCUCCAUGUUUUGUUAAAAUUCAGACAACACAUACAACAGAAUGUCAGUAGAUAUGUCAUAUGCACCUAGAGAUGACGCAUUUGAGUUCCCGUUUCACAAGAAGCCAAACAUUGCAAAUUUCAGCAAGCAAAUUAACAACUUUGCUCUUGUUUUGUUUUACAUAUAUAUCGCAGACACAGUUGGGUUGAGUUCCAAUAAACCAGCAAGCCAGUCUCUUUGUU